CCACGUGUACGAAGGCUAGCUGGCAAGCUGCAUUCGAAUAGGAACAGAGACAUAGUUUGCCGUACAAAAGAUAAAAGCUACAUAAAGCAAACGCAUGUCAAGAACUUACUUGCGCAUCUUAAAGCGAAGUUUUUAGAUAAACUUUAAACGAGAAUUAUUUUGUUUGUUGGUAACUAUUACCUUCUACCUAAAGAGUACAUUAUGAACUUUUUAGUUCCUUAUUUUUUCUUAAUUCACUUUCACUUCUUAAUUCGCUUUCAUUUGCUAUUGGAUAUAAACUGGACUGCAUUGUGCAACACAAAAACCUUCGUUUCGUAGGGCUCUUUGACGAACCACCAUACCCUUCAACUUUGAGUUUGCUGUUAAUAGCUAAAAUUCGAUUAAAAGAUUCUGGUUAUAAGCUAAUUCGGUUCAUAAGAGCCGACUGAAGUCACAAUAGACUCAACUAGCCAACCACUUCCAUUUAUAUUUUGAAUUAUUAUAAAUUAAAACGAAUGAAAGAAAUGUGUUUGACAACGCAGAUUAUUAAAAAAAAAACAAUCGAUCUACAUUCAUGUCAAAAACAUCUGGCAUCGCGACCCGGAUGAUCGGAUUUGUGUGAUUCAGGUAAACAAACAACAAACAAGUACCAGUUUGAUGCGUGCUUGAUGUGUGUGAUUUUUUAAAAAGAUAUUUCUUUACCUAUCUAGACAAUGUCGCUGUUCCCUGCCUACAACACUGCAGCACAGGCCACAAAAAGCGAUCCAACAGCAAGCAGUAGUGCAGCAUCCGAACAUUCCUGGCUAACAAAUCAAAGCUUUAUUCCGUUUGGAACAACGACAGAACCUGCCGAAACGAUUUCCGAAGAGUCCGCACCAGAGGACAAUCAAUCGGAGCGAACCGAUGCAGACCAUCAAACUACGGUUGAGGUAAACCGUACCGAAACCAAAGUAUCGAAACGCCAGAAAAGUAAACACAAAAAGAAACAUAAGAAAAAACAAUCAAAGCGUAGACAGAGUUCCUCCUCCUCAUCGGAAACUACAGAUGAAGAACGGGAAAAAUCUGCUUUAGCACUUCCGGGCCCUUCUGCUGUCCAUAUUUCCGAAGCAGAGUAUUACACCGAUGUAGACCCGUCAAAGAUUUACUUCACAGUGGAGAAGCUAUACCGUCCAGCCUGUCCACGGUAUCGGUUGGGUACGGUGAAAGCACUCGGAAUACGUUCGAAUGGAAUGAAUCCUGGUAAAGAACGAUACAAGCGAUAUUUUAGGGUAGUGAAGGGAAAGGAACGAAACCAAACCAGCGCAAGCAAAGUGGGACAGGAAGAAAUAUUUGCCCGCGAGGCCGAAUUGGAACGAUCCAUCAGGGCGGAAGAGUCGGUGGACAAAUGGAUCGAGCUCGUGCGCUUCCGACAGGAUCAUCCGAUCCAUUUCGAUAGCUAUCAAAAUCACAAACGCGAACUGACGCUAAUCGAACGAGCGCGUCGACAUUACCCGUACGAUGAGAAGCUGUUGCGCUUGUAUCUGGAAGCGAUUGUACGCGUACAUCCGACCGACGAGGUGCUGAAUCUAAUACGGCGCGCUAUUACGAAGGAUGAAACGAACGUAACGCUCUGGAGAUCGCUCAUACGCAACAAACAGUGUGCGAUGGCACAGUGCAUUGUGCCGGAUGUGCUGAAGCUGUACGAGAAAAGUACACGCUCACUGUUUAUGGCGCGUCGUAGCGAUGAAACGAUGCUGCAACUGUUUCGGAACUGUGCCACCUUCUGUCGACAGGCGGGCCUUUGUGAACUGAUGUUCGGAAUGCUACAGCAUGCGCUAGGGAUGAACGUUAGCGAACGCUAUGGGACCGACGGUAUGUUUUCUUCACCGGAACAUUUCCAACCGCUAAUCGAGUACGAGGAGCUUAUACUGAAGUCGGGCCUUCCAAUGAACGAAAUAUGGUUAAGAGUGGAGCUACUUCGAGGUGCCUUUCAUUACCUUCCCUUCGAGGGUGGACGGCUAGCGAGCGAUCCGCAGCGAAUGGUGCUGACGGAUGAUGUUGUUGGUUACGUGUAUCCGCUGAUAAACAAAUCGUACGCAUUCGAAUUAUUACUUGUCGCGUUAAAGUUGAUGAAAUUCCCAUUCCCUCGACAGUACGAUGAGGAGGAAGCAUACGAAGUGGACUACUCGGAACAGCUACUGCCCCUAUUUUUGCACGUAUUCCGCGAUCGUUCAUUAGACGGCGAACUGUACGCGUUUGUAAAGCAACUCAGCGUAGCACCGUCGUACAUAAAGGCAAACAUUGCCCACGAAUCGUACCUCGAACUGGUACGGAAAUGUCUCGCCCUAGCAAUCGAUCACUUCGAAGGCACAAAGAGUGCAACUUUGUUGACUUUUUACUUACAGCUGGAGCGAAUAUUAGUCUGCGAAGAAAAAGCAUCCUCAUCGCCUCCGAAAAUGCUCCUCGAAGAAGGGAAAGCAAAGCCCGUACGUGCACGUGUGAAGAAUCUGCUGAAACACACGCACAGCUCCAAUCAAAACAGUCUCCUGGUGUACGCAGAAUAUGGAUUGUUGGAAUACGAAAUGACCGGUCUUAGUGUGGCGUGUAGGAAAAUAUUCUCCACAUCCGUACAGGUGUAUUGCUCCACCGAACAAACCGUACCAUCCACCAGCGACAUCCCCGUGGAAGAUGAUAACGAUCUUUAUCAUCUCGUACUGACCAUGGUUGAACUGUUACUUUUAGAUGGUCUUAAAAAUGAAGCAAUUCGUGCUCUAACGAAUCUUGCGCUUAAAAGAGAUGAACUAACGUUCGAAAGCGCGGCAACAGUACCCCCGGAUACGAUGAAGCUGUCUGCUUUGCAGAAAUUCAGCGACAGAGUUAAUCGAGCGGUGAGGCAUGAAUCACAGCCAGACUCUUCUAUAAGCACACCUACGGAACAACAUUUUAACCGGAAUGCAAUGAUAAACGCAAUCAAAGCGUAUGUUAUCUAUCUGGCAUUAAUAAGAUCGAAUUUAACCGAAGCUUCGAAGCAACUGGAAACAUUCCUGUACCUUUUCAACGAUCUCUCAAACCCCAGGCACAGGUUUCUGCGACAGCAGCUGUACGAAAUCUACAUCCAGCUGUACGAGAUAGCACGGUUAGGCAAAAAACAGGCGCAUUUACCACCGACGGAAAACCUUCGCAGCUUUCUCGACAUUGUCGAUCGUGCGCUGAACGAAUUCCCUUCCAAUCUGUACGCCCUGCGUACGGUGGUUUUUAAUGACAAUCUUCCCUGGCUCCGUUUGCGGGGCGUGCUUGGUAAACAUCUUACCCCGAAAGCGGUACUGCUGCUGGUCAUCGCUGCCCGGUAUCGUGAAUCGUGCACGGCAAUCAAUCAGGAAGAGUUCAUCCCCACGGAAGCAUCGCCGUACAAGCAACGCAUACUGAACCUGCUCGGCUGCGCGCUUAAAUCUUCCAGCACGGAUAGUGCUUCGCUGCUGUAUCGCAAUGCGUUGCUGUGGCGAUUGUAUUUGCGAGAGUUGUUCGAUCAACCGAAUGCUCCACCCGGAUACAGUGUGCUGGAACAGUGCCGUAGAACGUUGUACGCGGCGCUCGAAGCAUGCCCGUGGAAUAAAGCGCUCUACCUAGAUGGGGCAUCCUGUGCCCCGCAGGAGCUGUCACAGCUGCUAGACUUGAUGGUGGAAAAGCAGCUGAGAGUACAUGCGAUCCCGGAGGAAUUAGCUAUUUUGCGAGAAGGAUGAAACAGUGAGCAAAAAAUAAAUUGAUUCCUAACGGGUGAUAAUCGAGGCGAUCCUUUAUUCAUCCAUUCCGUCGAUCGGUUUCGAGCAUAUGUAAUUUAAUUUACGCUGAUUUGUGUAAACGGACGAGCAAGUUGAAUAUAUGGACCGCCUGACUGAAAACUAA